AUGGCAGGCUGCGCCCGCAGGCUUUCUCACCUCGGUAAACGGGUCCAUCGCCCCGGACUCCGCGGCUCGACUGCGCGACGACGGUGGUCCAAGUUCGGAAAAGGGAAAGAAGGAGAGAAAAAGCCAAGGUCUAACCACAAGGCAGUAGCAAGAAGGAUUAAAGUCAAGUUCUCUACUUCAGAAAAGCUUCACUGGCCUGAGCAAGAACUUGCUAAGAAGUCUGUUCUAAAUGCAGAAGAGUCAUUGAUCAUUGACAGCAAAAGAAGCAUUUCACAUUUAUCUUCUGGAAUACUGAAGGACAUUUUCACAACUGGAACCAGUAGUUACAAUGUCCUACUACAGAGCAAAGAGGAAAAAAAGCAUCAUUCACAAAAACAGUCUUCCUCCACCUACUCCAAAAGAUGUAGAAAACCCAGCAAAUCUCCUAGUUCUUCUCGUAGUAAAGAUCUUCGCAAGAUGAAAGCCCCAGUGCCUGUGAUGAGCAGUGGUACUUGGUACUGCCUGGAAAGGCAGCCUGGUGUUUUUGUCACUAGUUCAGUGUCGAGUCCUAUAAAGUUUACACCUGAUAUCUCUGUUACAGGAAGCAGCAUAGUACUGCCACCUAAACCCAAAAACAAGGUAAAGCGACGCCAUUUCUCUUCUCUGCCAAAGCCAAAGCCGCAGCCUCAAUUGUCUAGAAGUUUUGAAAAAGGAGAUGACUUUUCUGGGAAGAAAUUUUGUAUACUGACUGCUAUAAAGCCCACCAACUUGGAGAAAGAGAAACUGAGAUUCUUCAAAUCUGACUAUACCUACAAUCCUCAGUUUGAAUAUGCAAAUCCAUCUCUGCCAAGUGUGUUAGCCAAACACAGCAAUGCAUCUGACCGAUUUCUUAAACAGUCCAUCAAUAUUAUGGAACUGACUUUACAGAAAUAUGGAAGUUAUGAAAAAUUUGAGCAGGCCACAGGUGGCAGCCUGCUAUCUAAAACUCGUAUCUGGAGUCAUGUUCGGAAGUACAUGAUGAAAGAAGGCUGUCUGGGUGAGAUUGUAGUUCAUCUCACUGAAGACCUGCUUUCCCGAGCUUCAAUGACAGUGGUAAAUGGGUGCCCGACACUGACCAUCAAUGUUUCCACUGCACGUGAGCACUGGCUGGAGGGAAUGCUGAGGCAUGAAAUAGGCACACAUUAUUUUCGGGGUAUUAACAACCUUCAACAACCAUGGAACAGUUGGACUGGCCGUAAAAAACAUGAGCUAAAGCCAAACAAUCCCACAGAGGAAGGACUGGCAAGUAUUCACAGUGUCCUUUUUAGAAAAGACCCCUUUUUAUGGAGGGCUGCCCUCCUCUACUAUACUGUUUAUCGAGCCAGCCAAAUGUCUUUUUGCGAACUCUUCAAAGAUAUUGGAAAAUUUGUCAAGGACCCCAAUACGAGAUGGGAUUAUUGUGUACGGGCCAAGAGGGGAUGGACUGAUACUUCUCAGCCAGGGUGCUUCAGUAAAGAUCAGGUAUACUUGGAUGGUAUCCUGCAAAUCCUCCGAUACAGAGAGACCAUUGACUUUCAUCUACUGACUGCUCUGGGGAAGGUCUCUUAUGAAGAUGUGGAUCGCCUAAAAGGAUUGGCAGUUAUUGAAAACAUGAGGGUCCCUCAUUUCCUGCAGGAUCAUGACCGAUACAUGGAGCAUUUAGAGAAAAUCAUGGAAGUGAAUGAACUGACUGACAGGGAACUGAAAGAUCUUAUAUAUUAAUCAGCAUUCUUGCAGACAUAGCUAAGCUAUACCUCUAUGUAAAUUACCCGUUAGGUGCAGUUAGCACCAGUAUAUUUAUAAAAGAAGAAUGACUGUUUACAUGAGUUUUCUGAAAAUUGAUCUGCAGUAUUCAGCUGAAUUUUUUAAAGGUUAAGUACAAACUUUAAACUGCUUCCCUAACAUGUUUCUGUAGGCUGCAGCGGAAAAGUUCCUCCCAUUUUUCUCUGAAUCUUGAGUCCUAAAAAAUACUACUGGUGAGUGUUUUUGAAGAAGCUUGGUCAAAUUGAGUGAUAGGCUGCCUGGGCAGUAAGCACAGCUCCUUAGUGCUUCUGCCUGAGUGCCAAGACCAGCCCUGACUAAAGAGUGAAUUCCAUUGUUGUUUGAACUCCCAAGAUUGUAUUGUAUUUGAAAAAUAAUGGUAAUACUCCUUUGAAAAAUUAGUUUUGUCAUUCUCCCCAAAGCUAGCUAUAUCUAAGAUUUCUUAUUUCUCUCAUAUGUUAAGUAAUGUUAGAGGGGAAAAGUAGUUUUGAAAAGUUUUCAUUAGUUAUUUUCCACAUUGUUUCACCUUAUCAGUUUAUAGGAACUAAAUUAGAGAAUUACCUCAUUUUGUCCAGUUAUUUUUCAACUAAACUUUAUUUGCUGAAACAUGUUAUCCCUUCACGAUUUUAACUAAGUUUUAGAGUCUUUCCCUCCCCAUUCCUUUAUAUAAAUGGUAAGUAAAAGUUCCAGAGAGGUUUGUCUACAUAGAUUAAAAUAGCUGGGGAAGAGAGAAGCUCCUCACCUUUUUAUUCAGUGGAGCGACUAGCAAGACACAGUAGACGAAUACAGUUCCUGUAGGCACUUGAUACUGACUAGGUCAUGUCUGCCAUAAAAUUGACCAUCUGAAAAAUGGAAUUCCUGGACAUUGCUAUUUGGUAAACUGGGCUUGUCAUGUUGGCUAAGUAUAUUUUAUCAAAAUCUUUGACUUCAUCAACCCAAUAAUGACAUAGUUUGAAUCUCAAAAAUGAGAGUUCUGUUUUGCUACAUCUCCUCUGCUAAAAGUGUAUACACUUAGCUUUGUAUUUAUCAAUUUCAGUGUAUAGUUGGAUAUGUAUAUAUACUUGAGAUCAAAUGGUUCUUCAAACAAUUUAAUGGUCAGGAAGAGCACUGCUGUAAACAUCCCAUUCAAAAUUGCUACUGUAAUUUUUACCCAAAGCUAUCUGAGAGUUGAUCUUUACCUCAUUUCAGGUUUAAAUAUGGUGCUAACACUGGUGAAUAUAUACUGCAGACCUGGUCCACAUUUGUGCUAGAAAAUGAUUUUAGGAAAUCUUAUUCAGGCUAGGUUACGUGAGUUUUCUCAUUCACAUAUUUAGAAGGGCUUGCCUCAAAGAAGAAUCUUGCAGCAAACAGGAUAUAUUCUAACUGGCACCUAGUGGUUCUUCCAAAGCCACACAUCUCACCUUUGGUAAGCAGCAGGCCAGGCCCUUUGGAGCAUCAAAGGCACCCACCAUGUGCUAUGAUAGCUGGAGUGUGGCUUGUAGAUCUCUGCAGGGUUGGGGUACAUUGUGCCAACACUAACCAGAUACUGGAAAACCACUCUUGAACCUUCAAGCAUAUUUCCUUGUAGCAGAGUCAUCCAGUUUCAGCUUUGGUGUAGCAUUUUCUAAUUCAUCUUCAAACUUAUCAAAGAUAAAACACGGUGAAAACCAGGUUUUAUUAACAGGAAUAGAAGUAUAGACAGAAAUGGCAAUAUUUAUGUCCUGUGAUUUAAGCCUAAAUGCUUAUAAACUCAACAUUUGCAGGCAAUAAUACUGCUAAUCUUAUGUUACAGUUUAAAUGUAAAGGAAAAUCACAGUAGCCUUAAUAUCCUGUUGGUAGGAUUAUAUACAGUGAUUCUAGUCUCUGAAUUUUAAAAUGUGUAUUCUCUAUGUGAUUUGGAAAAGGAAACACUUUCUUGCCUUACUGCUUUUGGUAUAGAGACAAAAAACAAUACUAUCCGAACCAAAAAAAAAAAAAAAAAAAAAAAAAAAAAACUUUAAAUCACAUUGAUUGUCUUAAGAUAUUUUAAAAGUUAGCAAUGAACCAAAAAUAGUUUCAGAUUAGCAGAAUAAUUAAAGAUUUCUAAGCUUUGAAAGUUGGGAUUGAAGAUUUAAUUAAUGUUUAUUCUUUCCUGAAAUAGCAUUAAGGUCAGUUUUGUUCCCUUGAAACUGAAGUUUUAAUAAAUAUAAAACUAUAGCAACAGUACUUAGGAGAAUAGUUGAAGGUUGCAUUAAUUUUAAUAGUUACUUGGUAUAGGCUAUUGAUUAGGAUUUCAUCAGUCUUGUCCACUGUCAUUCUAACGUAUCAAAUACAAAUUCUGAUAAACGGUUAGGUUUUCACAUCAGAUGGGACUCAAAGUAAAGUGUUUGUAGAAGUAAACCCAUAAGUCUUCAUUUCUUUAUAUUUUCACCUUUGUAAAAAUGUUUAAAAUUUGUAUUGUGUUUUGUAUAUAUCUGGACAUUUUAGGUUAGGUUAUAGGAGAAAUAGCACUGAGGGUCUCAAAUGAAAUGUGUGAAUAUGUAUGCAUGCAAACUUCUGUUCUUUGAAAACUUAAUUAUAUUUUUAUUGUGGUA